AUGCCUCCCGCCACCAGACAAUCGAUAAGGGAGAUGGAAGAAACGCAUAUACUUGAGGAUGAGCUGGCUUAUGAAGUUGAGCAAAAUAAUCAAGGAACCAAAAGGAAACGGGCUGAAAACGGCGGUACCGGUGCAGAGGCACCUAAAUAUAAAGAUGACGAUGAUGCUUCCAAUUUUAGCGACGCAACCGGCAGCGCAACUAAAGCUCCGGCAGCAAAGAGAAAAAGAGGCGGGAAAAGUGGUGCCUCCAGUCAAGCUGCAAAUAAGCCCAAACCGAAGAAGUCUAUCAAUCAAUUGGUACAAGAGGGUAGAAACGCUCGUAAAGCAUUAAAAGCCUCCGAAAAACGCGUGUUGGAAUUAGAAGAGCAAGUGAACAAGUUGCAUCAGUCGAUUCUAGAUAUUCAAAAACGUUAUAGGCACCUCAGGACGGACGACCAGGUCAUUCGAGACUCCCUUUUCAAGAUUAUUCAAGAGUGCCAAAGCUGGGCUAAGGAGCACAGCCUUGUUACGGCCGUUAACAGUGAUGUUUCACCUGCUCUCGCAAGACUGAUGGGAGGAUCCAAUGCAGAGAUGCCAUGUCGAGAUAUUGAAAAUGCAGUGGCUGUUUUUCAACUUCUACGCCGGGGACCGUACAUGCUGCUGCAAACGGUUCUCUCUCACUUCAUUUGCAAUAACAUCAUUGUCCAGCCUUUCCAUUUUCUGGAAGGCCACUCAGCCAAUGUACAGAAAAUGGCUGACAUUUUCAAUAGCCUACUCCCAAAAAAAUACAAAGGCAGAAUGAACGAAUGGGUUGGGCAGACAGUGAGCUUGUUUCGUGCAGAUGAAAUAGACGGUGGUUAUUGUUAUCCAAAAGAUUCAUGGACCCGACUCCAGAGCUUGAGGCAAAAAUGCUACUCAGAAAUGGUUACAUCUUUUCUAAAGGGCGCACAAUGCAUUAUGAAACCUACAAGCAAUGCGUCACAAGAGAAUACUCGCUAUCUUAGGCUCUACAGCAUUAUACGGCAAACAAGCGACGUCGCCUUGAUGCUUUGGGAACAGCGUCUUCCCGUCAGGUGCCUUUCUUCCAUCUCGCCUCAGUUGAGCGAAUUCGAAAACGGCUCGGACUUGAUGAAGGCGCACCAUGCAAUGCUACUUAGUGCAGAAAACACAACUCUGAAUGGGAAUAAUAUCGCAUGCGUUAUUACUCCGGCUAUUGUGUCACUUCGGGACAUCAGGACACCGCACGAGUAUAGGAUAUGGUCUCAAGCGAUAGUGUGGGCGGAGGGAUGGCAAGAGUCUCAGGCUAUUAAAACCAAAACAGCCAAGGAACCUAGCAUUGUGAAUACGGAUAUAAAUGUUGCUAAACCUUGCAACAGCGAGCAAUCGGGCCAAGGCAAGCCACUGCAAGAAGAAUACCAAAACCAGGAAGGAAGUGCAAAGGUUUUCUGCGGCCCGGAUCCUUCAGCUCAGGUGGUUGAAGGCCCUGGAUUACAAACAGACGUUGUGGGCGCUGGAGAUCCAAGGAUUGCAGCAUCUACGGAGGAUAUGGAUCAAAAGAUUCUGGGGGGCAUAGAAAAGGAAGACCUCCCAGACAAAGUGCAUCAAUCACAAGAGAAGACUGAUCUUGUCAAAGGUUGCCAUGACAUAACCGCGAUCACUUCUCCUACCACUGCAGAUUCUGAACCUAGCCAAAAUUGUCCAUCCCGACCUCAUGCCUCUGAUAGCAACGGAAGCGAAUUUCCGGGGCCUGCUCCACAAGCAGCAACGCUGACAAUGCCAAACGAUUUGCACCCAAAUGUGUCUCCGCCCCAACUGAAUACGGACAUGCUCAGAUCCAGAGAGAGUCAAGGGACCAUGGGACAAAUCGUCCACCGAGAUGAUACCACCAGAAACGACUUGACAGGUUUAAUCAAAAGCGAGCCACAUGAACCGACGGGGCACACGGACACUCCCAAUGCCGUAGCUGAGCCAAAUCGUUCGGAAGGGGGAGUGCCCCUACUUGAUGACUGGUCUAGAUAUCAAAAUUGA